AAAUAGCUUGGUUGGGCAAACCGCACGGCGACGCGUGAUGAUUUGGAUUCUGACCGUUCUGAGAUUUUGACCGAACUGACUCUUAAGUUUUACGAUUAUUAUUUUAAAACUAGAAGUAUGGCAAAAUGCAUUGGUAUCUCUCUAAAUUUGUGCUUCCGUUAGCCGGCUGGUCGCUUUUGUUCAUAGUCGUUUCUGAGAUUUUGUGUGGAUACGUCGGGUACAAGGUAAUCCCUCCUGAUAAUAACGAACGAAGAUUGUAUGUAGGAUUAUUUGUUGCCGUCAUCUUCGUUAUCCCUACGGGAAUUGCUGCGUGGGAUUGUCGACACAGCAUUGCCAAAGUUCUUCGUUGCAUUGUUCAGUUUCUGAUAUCUCCCUUGGGCCUUGUAUUGCUGUUGCUUUCAUUUAUCUUCUUUGUUUUGAUUAACUGAUAAACUUCCGCGUGAACUGGCAAAGGACAUCUGCAGACUACAGCUUGUUUUUGAAUCACUGCUCACUGCUUACCCGAGUUUUGGUCGGGAAUUUAUUCUUCAUAUCAGGAAUCAGAAAUCUGAGAAAUGAGCUUCGGAUACCCUACCUUCCACGCGAAUUGUGCCAUUAAUCAUGCGAGUAUCGACAGCGCGGUCGAGCAGGAAAGCGUUAAUCCCCACGGACUUCGUGAUGUUCUGCAGUCGGGUCUGUCCUCUGUAGCACGAAAGGCGGCGGAUGUUUAUCCUUUGGAAAUGUCUGAAUUAUAUCAUGAUACAAAGGAAGAUCGAAUGAAUUACGCCAUGCUUCGCUCGACUCAAGGAAUCCAUGCUCCUCUGCGUCUACAGAUGGAAAAAUUUCUGGUUAAACAGCCUUCGCGAAAUUCGGUAAUGCCUUCAUCCAACCUCCAUCUGGAUGUCCUGAAUGGCAAAGAUGAAACUAUUGAUUUUGAAGGCCUUCUCAAUGCACCUGAAUACUGGGAGAAGGAAGUACAUCCUCAUUUGUUGUUGGAAAAAGAUUAGACGCGAGCAACUGAAAGGAAUUUGCACAAUUUACAUCACUAAAAUACAUCUAUCGAUAUUUUUCGCUUUAACUUUAACAUGCUUUGAAGGAAGUUCAAUGUUAAGAAUAACUUCAAGGAACGAAAUUCUGAUGAUGUUACCUUUAUGACAAUGACAAACUAAUUCUUUUCAUGUGUAUGGGCGUUUCCGAUUCUUCAGCUUCUUUGGUUUGGCAUUUGUUCGACAAUGUACUUAAAUGAGUCAUAAUGCUAAGAAUCGUUAGAAGCGACACUUGGACUAA